ACACAGUGACACACACAGUGACACAAAGAGCCUCGCGCGCGUGCGCGCGAGGCACUCUGGGUAGAGCUGUCAGCAUCAGCACCAGCGAGCAGCAACAUCAGGAGGAGAGACGGGUUGGACAGCAGACACCAUGGCUCAUACAUCUGGGGACAAAGUGAAGCUGUCGGAGGGAACCUACCUGGGCUUUGCCAAUUUGCCCAAUCAAGUUCAUCGCAAGUCUGUGAAGAAAGGAUUUGAGUUCACACUCAUGGUGGUUGGUGAGUCUGGCCUGGGCAAGUCGACUCUCAUCGACAGCCUCUUCCUCACUGACCUCUACCCAGAGAGACUCAUCCUAGGGGCGGCCGAGCGGCUGAAUCGCACCGUAGCGAUCGAGGCCACAACGGUGGACAUUGAGGAGCGGGGGGUGAAGCUUCGCCUCACCGUGGUGGACACUCCGGGAUACGGAGACUCACUCGACAGCUCCUCCUGCUUCGAGUCGAUCCUGAGCUACAUCGACGCGCAGUAUGAGCGCUACCUGCGGGACGAGAGCGGCCUGAACCGCAGGCACCUCGUGGACUACAGAGUGCACUGCUGCUUCUACUUUGUAUCACCACACGGACACGGGUUAAAGCUACUGGACGUAGAGUUUCUCAAGGCUCUGAGCUGCAAAGUGAACGUGGUUCCGGUCAUCGCCAAGGCCGACUCCCUCACCAUGAAGGAGCGCGAGAGACUCAAGAAGAGGGUGAUGAAGGAGAUGGAGGAUCACGGCAUCAAGAUCUAUCAGCUGCCUGACGCGGAGUCGGACGAGGAGGAGGCCUUCAGGGAGCAGCUCCGCCUCGUUAAGGAGAGCGUGCCGUUCGCCGUGGUGGGCUCCACGUGUCUGUGCGAGGUGAGGGGAGGACGGAAAGUUCGCGGCCGCCUCUACCCCUGGGGAGUCGUGGAGGUGGAGAACGCAGAACAUAACGACUUCCUGAAGCUUCGCACCAUGCUGGUCACGCACAUGCAGGACCUGCAGGAAGUGACGCACGAGCUACUGUACGAGUCGUUCCGCUCCGAGUGCCUCCGUCACGCCUCCGACUCCGCCCCCGGCUCCGCCCCCGGCUCCGCCUCCUCCGCCGCCUCCCACGCCGCGCGAGGCCUCGUGCUGCCCCUCGCCCUACUGUCGGAUCGUUCUGGAGACGAUGCCAUCUUGAAGGAAAAAGAGGCUGAGCUCAAGAGAAUGCAGGAGAAGUUGGCUCGGAUGCAAGCUCAGAUGAACAAACAGAACCUGUCUGGAAACUAACGUCACCAACAUCAUCAGUAUCAUCACCACCAACAUCAUCAACAUCAUCAUCACCAUCAUCACCACCAACAUCGUCACAAUCAUCGU